AUGGCAAAGAAGGCCAAGGCUCGCCUGGUGCAUGCGCGCCUCGUCUCCAUGGCCAUGACUGGCUUCUUCUAUACCUUCAAGCGUCCCAGAACCGCACCCAUGAUGAGCAUGUUAAAAUACGAUCCCAUCGGUACGGCAUCAUACACCGAAAACACCUGGAUCCAUUAG